AGGCGCAGUUCCUCAUUCCACUCGCACUCGGGCCUCAGGCUCAGUGAAGCUCAGCACCAGGGGGACCAUCAUGGCGUCUGCUCUCACUGCCCUCCUCCUUGGCUGCUGGCUGGCUGGGCGGAGCGGGGUGUCAGGAGAGGGGUCCACCCCCAAACCCUCCAUCUCCAUCAGCCCCGGUGGGGUGAUCCCCAUGGGGGGAAACGUCACCAUCCGGUGUCGGCAUCAGCACCUGGGCAUGAGGAUCCUCCUCUACAAGGAUGGAGACAGGAACCAUCUGACGUACACGGACCCUGCUGGCUCUGAGGCUGAAUUUCCCGUCACCAGCGCCAGACGGGAACAGGGAGGCAGCUACACCUGUCGUUAUAGCUACAGAACAGGACCAGCUGCCUACUCGGAGCCCAGCGACCCUGUGCAGAUCAUUGUAGCAGAUCCCAGCUUACCCAGACCCUCCAUCUCCGUGAGCCUGGCUUCGGUCACCGCCUCAGGGGCGGACGUCACCAUCCAGUGUCAGGGGCAGGGCCGGGACGUGAGGUUCUUCCUGCACAAGGCUGGAGACCUGAACCUGCCGCGACACAUGGACCCUGCUGGGGACGGGGCCGAGUUCCACAUCCCCACCGUGGGCCGGCAGCACGGAGGGAGCUACAGCUGCAGCUACCGGCCCCGAUCCGAGCCCUUCGUCUCCUCGCAGCCCAGCGACCCCGUGCAGCUGGUAGUAGCAGCCCUGAUGGACGCUGGUUCUAUUCCCGCAGGAAGAGACUUGGUGACUUGGCCCAUCAUCGCCGGGGCGAGCGCGGCAGCCGCUGUCCUUCUCCUCCUCCUCCUCAUGGCCUUCGUCUGCUUCAGGAAAACCCAAGCCAGAAAAGGAGCUGCACUGAGACCGAGCAGCACCAGCCCUAUGGUGGCAUUAAAGGCAUCGGCUCAGCAAGACCCCAUCUACACCUCCAUCCAAGAAGGGAAACAACCGCAGACCCUGCCCCAGGAGCCCGACCCCGGCACUGACGGACUCACCUAUGCCGAGCUGGACCUGCUGCAGGCCAAGCGGGGGGCUCUGACCACAGCCCCCGAGCCCGCCCAGCCCAGAGUGUAUGCCACGAUCAACAUGAGCCAGGGGGCCCUGCAGUGAGAGCCCCCCCGCACCCAUGGGGCACUGGCCCCCAGGGGACAACAGACUCACCCCCUGCAGCGCCAGCCCCAGAGAACUCUGCUUCUAGGGAAGAUUUAGGGGGGACCCUGCCCUCCCCCUGCUGCAGCCCCUUCCCAUUGAGCUGCUGUCCCCCUGCCCCACCCAGACCCAUGUGUGGGGGGCUCAGCACCGGGAGGGGGAGGGGACGCAUUGAGACAGAUUUUAUGCUAUUUUGCAUCCUGUUAAUCUCCAGAUUUGUAAUAAACACAGAAUCACAAACCAGCC